AUGAAUAUUUCUCGUGUUGACUAUGUUCAAGUGCCAGGUACAAAUCGAGGUGUUUUAGCACUUCUUCCACAAGGUGACAGAGAGCCAUUAGCAGUUGGCGACCAAGCAGGAACUCUUUCACUAUUCAGGCUUGACCCAAUCUCUACAACUGAUAUUUGGAAACAAGUUUUAAGGCCGAUAACUCACUUAGAACUCGGAAGACGAGUCCAAUCCUCCGCUCCAACUGAAACAAUCUACGCAUCAAGUGGCUGCUGCAUCCAAAGCUUUUCAAACGGCGGCCGAGAAGUAUCAAACUUCGACACAAAUAUCGCAGAAAAUCUAAAAUCCUUCAAAAUCCAAGAGUCUGAUAUUUGGGCAGGUGGCAAAUACAUUUACAGUCACUUUGUAAAUGAAAGAGAUAUAGAUUACAUUAUUUUUGAAGAUCUUAUAAAUGAUCUUGCUCUCUGUAAAGUCUCAGGAGAUUUAGUCACAAAUGCAGUUUUAGCGUUUAAUGACAAAACAAUCAGAGUUUUAGAUGGCAGCAAAGUAAAAUAUUCCCAAGUUUUAAGCUCGUCCCCUACAGUGCUUUCUAAUUAUAACCAAAGGGCUAAUGAUUUUUCUCAUACUAGAAGUCUUCUAUAUGGAACUUCUUCUGGGUCUAUUGGAUUGGUAAAUUUAGAGAGGGAGAGGUCAAAUUUGUUAUGGAAUAUUGAUAUGGAAGGAAAAGAAAUCAAUUGUAUUUCUUCUUAUGAUAUGACUGGAGAUGGUUUUAAAGAUGUGCUUGUAGGAAGAAAUGAUGGGAAAAUUGAAAUUUAUUCUUUUGACCAAAGCUCAGGAGAGCUCCUUUUAAAUUCAAGCUUAAAUGUAUCUGAAGGAGUUACUUCGCUGGCUGCUGGAAAGCCUAGAGGAUCUCCUGAAAUUUUGGUUUCAACUUAUUCAGGAAAAAUCAUAGGAGUUGGAGAAUCAAAUAUGCCAAUUGGCACUGGGGCUAGUGUAAUUGAAGGCUUACAAGGAGAAAUCACGCUUCUAAAGCAUCAAGUUGACAUGGCAAAACGAGAAAGCGUAACUUCAUUUCCAGGGCAGACUUCAGGAACUACUGCAAAAGUAUCAAAUACUUUGUCAUUAAUAGGAGAUGAAGCUUGCUAUUUAUUAACAAUCCAGUCGCAAGAGCCAAUAGGACUAAUUUGUUUGCAAUCCGAAGUGCCUUUAGAUUUAAUAGAAGACGAAAACAGUAAAGUUAUCCAUAAUGUUCAAGAUGAAGGACAAAUUUUGAUGACUUUCAGGUUUCCUGACUCAAGUUUCACACAUUUUGAGAUGAAAUUCAGAAGUACUGAGGGGCAGUCUGGGGAUAUUCAGCUGUAUAUUAUACCUACGUUAGAACCAAAAAUAGCCCAGUUGCUUAAGUUUGAUUUAAAGCCUUUAUCUUUGCAUGAAAAAGUGUCAGCGAUUCCUGAAGAAGGCCACCCUUUAAAUAACUUGCAAAUCACAGGAUCAUUUACUAAGAACGAUAUGCAUGGCUGGGUAAGUCACACUUUGCCCGAUGUACCUCCUCACACAACAGAAAACAAUGUAACCCUUUAUUACACCAACUGCAUUUUGCAUACAGUUUUGAUUGUAAAAUACACAGCAAACUUUGCGGAGUUCAAAAGUGACUCAGUGUCGGUGAUUGCGAUAAUUAAAGAAAGCAUUUCGAAGCAUGCAAGUUUUAAAAAAAUUCAGUUAUGCUAUUAUAUAUAAGGCUGGCAAGAUAUUUUUAUUAGUAAUCUAUAUAUAUUUGAGAUAAAGUAUCUAUAAAAUAAUAUAGAUAUAAGAUAUAUUGAAGAACCAGCAUCACAUGAGUAUGUUUUAAGGUUAAUUGAUCAGCAAUUAAGUGUAUUACAAGAUUUAGAGACGAGAAAUCAAUUAUUAGACGCUUUAAGAGAAAUAAGCAAUCAAGGAGAUCUUGAAAAAUUUUCAGAAGAGUUCCAAGGGGUUCUGACAGAAAGUGAAAGUAUUCAGAAUGAGUACAAGAAAAGACCUAAAAAAUUGCAAUUUUUACAAGGAGUGAUUUCUGAUUUGUAUGUAGACAAAUCAAAAUUCAGAGGAAUUCAUAGUGUAAGCGGUAGAAUUCAACAACUUCAACAAAUUUUAGCAAAUUAUAAUGGUUUCUUGUAAUUUAAAGGAAAAUUAUUCAUUUAAUUUUUUUGAAAAAGAAUAUUUUCCAGAAAUUAAUAUUUUUAAAAUAAAUAAAAAAAAUUAAAUUGGUUCAGAGUAAUUUCCUACACAAAUUAUGAUAUCGAAGCUUUGAUUGAGUUUUUCAAAGAAUAA